GAGCGGGCACAGGCCAUUUCUUCUUCAGCUCUUCAAUCUUUCUCUACAGUUUCGAUUCCUCUGAAUAGUCCUCGAAUUCUCUCCCUUCUCCUUUAGCAUCGAUUCUUGUUUUUGAGUUCUGUAUCUUUGAUUUUCGAGGUGACUGUUCGGUUGGUUUUGAGAUGACGACCAUGGAGAGCUUGAUUGGGCUGGUGAAUCGGAUUCAGAGAGCUUGUACUAUGCUCGGUGACUAUGGCGGUGGUGAUAACACCUUUUCUUCUCUCUGGGAAGCCCUUCCUUCCGUUGCCGUUGUUGGUGGCCAGAGUUCCGGAAAAUCUUCGGUUCUGGAAAGUAUCGUUGGUCGCGAUUUCCUUCCCAGAGGUUCAGGGAUAGUGACGAGACGGCCAUUAGUGUUGCAGCUUCACAAGACAGAGGAGGGGUCGCAAGAGUAUGCUGAGUUUCUUCACCUUCCUAAGAGGAGAUUUACGGACUUUGCUGCGGUCCGUAAAGAAAUUCAGGAUGAGACGGACAGAGUAACUGGGAGGACAAAACAGAUAUCCCCAGUUCCCAUUCAUCUUAGCAUUUACUCUCCGAAUGUUGUCAACCUGACUCUUAUUGAUUUACCUGGUUUAACAAAAGUUGCAGUAGAGGGACAACCUGAAAGUAUCGUUGAAGACAUUGAGGCCAUGGUUCGAACUUACGUCGAGAAGCCUAAUUGCAUUAUUCUAGCAAUAUCUCCUGCUAAUCAAGACAUAGCAACGUCUGAUGCCAUAAAACUUGCCAGGGAAGUGGACCCAUCUGGGGAACGAACUUUUGGGGUGUUGACAAAGCUCGACUUGAUGGACAAAGGAACUAAUGCUUUGGAUGUGUUGGAAGGAAGAUCUUAUCGACUACAACACCCAUGGGUUGGCAUAGUGAACCGAUCUCAAGCUGACAUAAACAAAAAUGUAGAUAUGAUUAUUGCUAGGCGUAAGGAGCGUGAGUACUUUGCAACUAGUCCCGACUAUGGACACUUGGCAAAUAAAAUGGGUUCGGAGUAUCUUGCUAAGCUCUUAUCGAAGCAUUUGGAGUCCGUGAUUAGAGCUCGUAUACCCAGUAUCACUUCUUUGAUUAACAAAAGCAUCGAUGAACUUGAGUCUGAGAUGGAUCAUCUUGGCAGGCCCAUUGCUGUUGAUGCUGGGGCUCAAUUGUAUACUAUUUUGGAACUUUGCCGUGCUUUCGAUCGAAUUUUUAAGGAGCAUUUGGAAGGAGGGCGACCUGGAGGUGAUCGUAUAUACGGGGUUUUUGACCAUCAACUUCCUGCUGCUUUGAGAAAGCUUCCUUUUGAUCGCCAUCUUUCAAUGCAGAAUGUGAGGAAAAUUGUUUCGGAGGCAGAUGGUUAUCAACCUCACUUGAUCGCCCCAGAGCAAGGUUACCGACGUCUUAUUGAGGGAUCCCUGAAUUAUUUCAGGGGGCCAGCUGAAGCGUCUGUGGAUGCUGUUCACUUUGUUUUAAAAGAACUUGUGAGGAAGUCUAUUGGAGAAACACAGGAAUUAAAGCGCUUUCCCACUUUACAAGCUGAGAUAGCUGCUGCUUCAAAUGAGGCCCUGGAAAGAUUUCGUGAAGAGAGUAAGAAGACAGUUAUUCGACUUGUUGACAUGGAAUCUUCCUACUUGACAGUGGAUUUCUUUCGAAGACUUCCUCAAGAGAUUGAGAAAGCUGGAGGCUCGGCAGCAGCAGCAGCUGCCGCCUCGACAGGGGAUCGAUACUCCGAGGGUCAUUUUCGGCGGAUAGGAUCAAACGUUUCUUCAUAUGUAGGAAUGGUAUCCGAUACUUUAAGGAAUACUAUCCCGAAGGCCGUCGUUUAUUGCCAAGUCAAGGAAGCUAAGCAAUCGUUACUUAAUCAUUUUUACACACUCUUAGGGAAGAAAGAGGCCAAGCAGCUUUCACAAUUACUGGAUGAAGACCCUGCACUAAUGGAGAGAAGGCAGCAAUGUUCUAAGAGGCUUGAGCUCUACAAGGCAGCCAGGGAUGAGAUCGAUUCCGUGUCGUGGGCACAUUGAGGUCGAUAUAUAAAACGCCUUGUAUGAUAUAGCUGAAUUUGUUUGGAUUUAUUACUAUUCUUUUGUAGUAGUCAUCUUGUUUUGAUGUAUUUUUAGUUACUGUGAUAUGAACAAUGGGAUACUUGGCCUGAUGGCUGUGGUGAUCUUGUCCCCAUGUAAUAUAUAAUAUAUAUGCCUUAUAUAUUUUUAUUGGGUUUGCAACUUUAUGUGAA